AUGGCAAGUAAAGGAUCAGCAAAGGCAAGCCUUUGGAAUGCCGACACCGUGUACGAGCUUGGACUCUGUAGAAUGUUGGAACAAACUCUCGGCAUUUGGCCGAUCGGUUAUCAAGACACGUUUUCAAAAGUACGACUCUUCGUCGUGGCAGUUUUGGAAAUAUCGAUGAUCAUAAAUCUAAUCCGUGAGAUAAUCGCGGACUGCGUGAUCAAGGACGAAAUGGUAAAUGUUGUGGCUCUGGUGGCAUGUUUGAUAGUUGGGUUGCUCAAGAUCAUGAUAUUGCAAAUAAAUAGAAGCAAAAUGGAGCUGGUGAUAAAAUCAGCGGUUGACGACUGGUCGAUGAUCGAAGAAUCGAGCUCCAGAGAAAUAAUGAGACAACAUGCUCGAACUGGAAGAUUCGUAUUUAUAUAUCAAAUGGCAUCAGCAGUUCUGACAAUCGUUCCAAUGGCAUGGGCGACUUUGCCAUUUCUCGCAGAAUUGCCGAAAAGUCUCAAAGACCGUUCUGAAAAUUUGAAUGCUAGAAGCUAUCAGAAUCAUUCUGACUUUUCAUUAGAUCAUUACGAACCUAAAGACAAGAAUUUACCACAAAUUUUUCCAAUGGGAACUGGAUGUUUCAUUCACGAUGUCUCUCCAAUAUUUUAUGCCUUCAUUUAUAUCACCCAAAUAAUUCAAUUCAUGGCUUCGUGUGCUGGUAACGUUGGCACUGACGUCUACUUUUUUUCGACCUGUAUGCACGUCUGUGGACAGUUCGAAUUACUCAACAUGAAGUUUGAAAAUUUCGGUCAGGAUUCUGACUUUCGAACCUCUCACGAACAAAUCCGCGUAUUCGUGAAAAGACACAAUCAUUUGAUGAAACUUUCCAACAACGUUGAAGACAGUUUUAAUGUUCUCACACUCGCUCAACUCUCAGCCAAUGCUUUCAUUAUGAGCCUCUUGGGUGUUCAGCUAAUAAUAGGCAUCAAGACAGGAAACGGUGCAAGUGCGAUCUUAGCGUUAUCAUCGAUCUACGUUCUCAGUCUACAAUUAUUUUUGUACAGCUAUACCGGAGAUUAUUUAACGAGCCAAAUUGAAAAAAUUUGUUACGCAAUUUAUUGCAGUCAUUGGUACAAUUUAUCGCCGCCAUUCGUCAAAGAUUUGAUGUUUAUUAUGUGCAGAAGCAAUCGCUCGUUCAAUCUCACCGCAGGAAAAGUUGUUAGCAUGAAUUUGGACAAUUUUAAAAAUAUUUUCAAAGCAAUGGGCUCGUAUUUUUCUGUCCUGAAACUAAUGUUUGACGAAUAAUAAUCUUGCUUUUUUUUAUUUUCAACGAUUUUUCUUCAGAUUUAUCAAGAUACUUCAGGAUGCUGGCAGGUACACUGACAGUCGUGUCUGUCGUCUGCUUGUCCGAGACUUACUCGAGUUACAUUAUUUCUGAAUAAAGUAUAUAUUUUGAAAUUCUGUGACGUCAUAAAACCGGCAUAUUCGCGUAUAUAUAAGCGUAGCGGCAGGGCUCGCGCUGGCUUUUCUUUUGCCCUGCAGUUUUUUCUUUUAAUACUUGGCAUCGAGCCGCUACCGCGUCUCUUGAUAAGGCUGAGAUCCUCAUCGCAAAG